AGGCUCCGCCCCGCCGCAGCCGCUGUCCGCUCGCCGGUGCUGAUCCACGCAGAGGCCGCUGGUUGCCCGGGUUCGCUUCCGAGGCCGGAGCAAAGCCGGAGGCGCCGAAAGCCGGCAACCCGGUAGAAGGGCCAGGGUCGUGACAGGCUCGCCCGGCUCCGCGCGAUGUCUCUCGAAGCUCGCACGCCCGCUACCUCCGUGCAGCAGCCAGGCCCCGGGGCUGCCGUGCUCUGAGGCCGCGCUCGUGCCAUGGCCGCCCGGGGAGGACCGGGCCCGGGCUCCCGGCACCGCGCGCUGUGCGGGUUGCUUCUGCUCUGCCUCUGGCUGCCCAGCGGGCGCCCCGGAGAACCCGCCGCUCAGCCGUCGGGGGUCGAUCGGCUGCUCCAGGACUUUCGCCGGCAGCUGCAGCGGGCACGGCCCCGCGAGGAGCUAGAACCGGAGCUGCUCGGGGGCCCGCGGGAGGAUUGCCCCGGUGCGGGCGGUACGGCGGUCUACCGGGCCGUCCCCGAUACCAUCAUCCGCACCCAGGACUCCAUCGCGGCGGGAGCCAGCUUCCUGCGCUCACCGGGGACCGUGCGGGGCUGGCGGCAGUGCGUGGCGGCCUGCUGCUCCGAGCCGCGAUGCACCGUGGCCGUGGUGCAGCUGCCCCGGGGGCCCAGCUCGCCCUCUCCCACUCCCGCGCCCCGCUGCUACCUGUUCAACUGCACGGCGCGGGGCCGCAACGUCUGCAAGUUCGUGCCGCUCCGGGGGUACCGUACUUACACUCUCAGCCGCACCGGGGACACCGCCGGGGUUUCGCCCGGGCCAGGUGAGGACGAGCCGCCACUUAGCAAGGCCGGGAAGGAUGUGGUCUUGCAUCUACCCACAGAUGGGGUGAUUCUGGACGGCCGAGAAAGCACAGAUGACCACGCUAUUGUCCAUUAUGAGUGGGUGUUGAAGCAGGGUGACCCGUCAGUAGACAUGAAGGUGCCUCAGCCAGGACUCCUGGAGCUGUCCCACCUGAAGGAAGGAGCGUACAUCUUCCAGCUGACUGUGACUGACACAGUGGGCCAGAGAAACUCUGACAAUGUGUCCGUGAGUGUGCUUCCCAGGACCUAUUCCACGGGAGGAUGCUACAGUGUUUGCUCGAGAUACCAUUUCUUCUGCGACAAUGGCUGCUGCAUUGACAUCACCUUGGCUUGUGAUGGAGUAAGGCAGUGUCCAGAUGGGUCUGACGAAGACUUCUGUCAAAACUUGGGCCUCGACCGCCGGAUGGUGGCGCACACAGUGGCUACUUCUGCCCAGCCAGGGACCACCGGACUGAGUGAAGGGGAAGGAGACCCCUGGUUUGAAAAGCCCCAGAAAGUCACUUCCCAAAACCAACCAGCUACUGUACCCAAGUCGGAAAAGAGGAUUCACUCCACCCAGAAGGCACCAGAAAGUCAAAUCUUUCCAGUCAUGCCGGACGGUAAUUCCUCAGGAAGGAACCAAGAAGAAGGAAGUUACAUUUUCCAGUCCAAGAGGGAUCAAGCACGAGGGGAACACCCAGCCCCAGAAGCAGGUGCAGUGUUACCCUUGGCACUGGGUCUGGCCAUCACGGCUUUGUUACUCCUCAUGGUGACUUGCCGGCUCCGAAUGGUGAAGCAGAAACUUAAGAAGGCCCGUCCCAUUACGUCUGAGGAAUCUGACUACCUCAUCAAUGGGAUGUAUCUGUGAUGAAGUUACUUAAACAGCUGGGGGUGAGGGUGGGCUUCACUUACAAUUUGUUCUUUGGGCUCUAUCCUUAAGACCUUUUGUUUUAAAUUGUGCUAGAAGAUACUGCAGUUAUAAACCUUGAUUUAUCAUGAUACCAUUUUCCUGGGAAUUAAGUGUCACAAAAGGUAGAGAGGAAUUCAUGAGAUUGAAGUGUAUAGUAUGCUGAGACAGAAAGUCAGUAUACUACGAGGUGACAGAGGGCAGUGCCCGCCUUUCGUUUGUGAGGUGCCAACUGCUGGCCCAGGCACCUCCCCUUGUGUUCCGUCUUCUCACGAGCUCCAUUUUAUUUGCCUCUGCCACGUGUCUUUGAAAAGGGAUCUUUAGUGGAUUUUUUUUUUUUUUCGAGACAGGGUUUCUCUGUAUUGUUUUGGAGGCUGUCCUGGAACUAGCUCUGUAGACCAGGAUGGCCUCGAACUCACAGAGCUCCACCUGCCUCUGCCUCCCGAGUGCUGGGAUUAAAGGUGUGCGCCACCAACACCCAGCUUAAGUGGAUUUACACUCAGUGAGAUGUCACCCAUAGCGGGUCUGUAUGUUCUGAACAUUCCGAAUAGGUCAGUGAAGUCCUGCUGGAGAGGAAUAUGGGUUCCCCACCCCACUCCACGCUUCUGAUAUCAGACCAUGGUGGUGGCCGCCAUGUUUGGGUGACCUUUGCAGAACCCCCUUUGGUUAGGAGCAACUCUAGGUGGUUGUGAAAGGAGAUCAAGGUGGCAGCAGGGGACUGGGCAGGCAAAAGCGAAUAAAAGCUUAGCCAUGGAAUAAGCGAGUGAGGACAAUUAAUGUCUCAUCUGUUCAAUGCUGCUUCACGGUGUAAGUACAGUGACUGGCUUAUAUAUGCACUGGCUUUCAACAUUGAGCCUUGCUGAUGAGAAAGUGCGAAUUAUCAAUCAAAACAUUGAUGUCUGUGUAUGGUGUUUGUAAGACUGUCGCCAUGUUUAAGUAUGCUUCCCCUUCGGUUGUUUUGCAGGGUUGGAGGUGGGACCUGGAAGCCUGUUUGUGCUAGGCAAAUGCCCUACCACAGAGUGACACCCCUGCCUUCGCUGUCUUUUAUGUUAUUAGGAUGUUAUAACAUACAAUCAGCUAACGUCAGGAUGCAUCCCCAGAGCAGAAAGCAUUUUUGCACAAACUCAGCUUUACAGGAAAUUAGAAUCGCGCUUAGCAUCUCCCUUUUAAGUCUGUAAGCAGUAAAGGCAGACUUUCCGUCAUCACUCGAUGCCGGGUUAUACACUCGGGAGAUUACUCUGGGGACCACACAGUGUGGUGCCCAUUUAUAAUCAUGAUGUCCCUAUUUUUUGGCAAUCAUUGAAAAACACUGUAGUCUUAUCCGUUUAGACUGAAUGUGAAGUAUGUAGUUCCUUUAGCAAGGGGCUGGAUUUUGGUGAGGGGAUAUAACCUAUCAAAAUGUAAUAAUGGGUAGUUCUAGAAAAAACAAAUAUUUGAUUUUGUUUCUUGAAACUCUAACUUUAGCCUUUGGCUGAGCACUGGCGUAAGUGUUAACAAUGGUAUCUGAAAGAUGAACUGUGUAAACUUAUCUGUGCUCUGAUGCUAUGCGGCUCGUUUUUAUAGAGGGCGUAACCUACAGCCAUACCUAGUAAACUAGAAACCGAUAAGGCAUGUUUCUUCCUGCACUUCUUUUAUAUACAAAGGAAUUAACUACAGUCUAGUAUUGCUAUUGUUUUGAAGUACUUGAGAAAAGAUGUCUUGUAUGUACUACACCUUUAAUAAACUAUUUUAUUCUUA